UGUAACAGCAGUCUGCUUUGUCCCAGAAACUCUCUCUGAUCAAACGUCAACCUGUGUUCUCCAAGGAAACAAGACUCUCGCUUGGAAAAGAAACAUGGCGGGCAAUGGGUCUUACAUAUAUCAGAAGGAUCUGACAAGUUUUGAACGUUACUUCCUCGCUACCAUAAACGUAUUUUUUAGUCUGUGCGGUAUCUUGGGCAACGUGCUUGUCUUCGUUGUGAUAGCACGCAAACGGCAACUACACACCGUCUCUAACACGUUCAUAACGAGUUUAGCAGCGGCAGAUCUCCUCGUUUGUGUCUUUUCGCAGCUCAUGUACGCAGUUUUCCUGUAUGGUUUGCCACCAAAUACAGCAUACAGCAACACACGGAAGGUGUUUUCAUUUGUCUCCGUUCUGGCAUCAAUUAGCAACUUGGCUGCCGUGACGAUCGAUCGCUACAUAGCCAUCGUUAACCCGAUGCAGUACCAGCUCGGAGCCAAUUUCAAGAGCGCCUCUCUCCUCCUUUGCGCCAUUUGGGUCGUGUCUUUGUCACUGGGAAUACCGAGUGGUUUCGUACGAUCUAUUCAACAAAUCGCAGUGUACUAUACAAUCGCACUCUUGUUAGUAAUAGCUCCGAUCUAUGUGCGAAUUUAUUCAAUCGCUCACAAUCAAGCAAGGGUCAUCACUGAGCAAGCUAAACAUAUCAAGAAAGAUUCAAAAAACAAACCUGAAAAGGAGAAUAUAGCUGCAAAAACCAUUGGGUACGUCCUAGCCGUCUUUAUCAUUUGCUGGUUUCCUUUGCUCAUAACUCCGAUGAUCUUUCGUCACAGUGAGAACAGCCGCAUUGUCAGAAAAGCUUUGAAAUGGGCUCAGACUCUCGCUUUAUGCUCGUCGGCCUUGAACCCUAUUAUUUAUAGCUUGAAAACGCAGAUUUUCAGAAAGGAAUUGAGAAAAGUAUUCAGAAUCGCUUUUAAACGACAUUCUUGGGAAGACAAACAGACGACGUAUGUCUAAAAACUCGCCGUUCUUGCCAGAAAGCGCGAGAACUUUGUCUGUAUAACAAUGAUUUCUCCCCACAAUUUAAUUAGGAUACAUUAUUUUGUAUAAUUUACCCUUGUUGGUAUGGAAGAUAUUCAGAAUGGGAAAGCGUAUAAUGUGUAACAGAAUGAUUACAAAAAACGCUUUAAUCGAUGUGCAAAUAUUCCAAUUUAUUGGCCUUUCAAGUCGCGCUCGAUGUACCAGUUGUCAUAACUUAUUGCAUUAUAAGAAAACUCCAUUCUGAACUAGUGAUGCAACAAUAAGAUUUCGCCAAAAAAUUCUAUCGAUUUAUAUGCAUGUAAGAUUGUACAUAAUGUAUACUUUAGCCGUUGGCGAAAACGGAAAUUCAUCUACAGCCGAAUGAGCAAACUUACUCGCUCCGACGUCAAUCGUAAAAUCAUUGAGUUAUCAUCAUUCAAAGAUGUUUGUGUAGAUAUAGUCCACUCUCAUUUCUUUCGCGUUACGCCAUUCAAAAGACUCCGAAAAUUAAAAAAUAAACACUCGUUAUAAAGACUUUUUAUAAGUACGCGUUUACAACAAUAUAAGGCUAUGUAGUUUUUAAUUUUGUACGUGUACCACCUCCGUAAUUUGUUUUCGUUUCGAGAUCAGUUUAAGUGGCUCACCUGAUAACUGAAUCAUUUGAGAGGCUGUUGCCUAAAGUCGCGUUGAGAAUCAUCGAAGUGUAAACAUUCAAAACGAAAUUUUCUAUCUGCUGUUUGUGUCGAUCACUCGCCUGUGUCUUUAGUGGAUAUUGUGUAUAAAUGAUGUCCUCCCCAUUAAGUUGUUUUGACGCUUUUGACCACAUAUCUUGUUCCGCGAUUAAAUAUGCACGAUGUAUGAAAGUAAAUACAGUAAUUUUUAUUUCAAAUGGAUGCUACGAUUUUGAGUUUUCGCUCCCUGGUCUAAUGACGGUUGUCUCAGUAAACACCAACACCAUGAAAUAACAACUGAAAGCUGUGGAUAGUAUAAACUGUCCACCUUUAAGUAUGAUCUAAGUCAUAAUGACACACACUUUGAUCUGCCCACCUUUGAUGCAAAAUGGGCCGAAUUGUACAGCGGUUUUUAUUCUACCGCGUAAUAUAUCUGUACAUAAACAAAUUUGAUAUGAAAAAGUCGUAAAAUAAUCUGCUUACAUAACCGAUUGUUGUACUAUAUAUAUGAAGAAAAUAGGCUGCUUUUCCCUAAUUUGCUCCCAAAAUCAAUUUUGAUAGAUAACCAAAAGAAC